AUGACCGUUGGAGUAUAUAGUUGGACUUCCGUAGCGAAAGAGCGUCGUACUUGUACGGCUUAAGCUCUUGCAAACUGUAUUGAACAACUUCUGGACUACUUUGGUGCAAGUACCCGUGACCAUGCCGACAGCUCUACUCGUCCUAGACAUCCAAAAUGGCGUACUCGACCGUCUAGGAACCACCAUCACAAACGACUACAUCCAACGCCUCUCGACAACAAUCAACAAAGCCCGCGCCGCCGGCACCAAAAUCAUCUACAUAACAACAUCCUUUCGCCCCGCCUACACAGACCUACAUCCCAACAACCCCUCUACAGCAAAAAUCAAGUCUUCAACCCAAUUCAUCCAAGGCGACCUAUCAACGCAGAUCCACCCCGCCGUCUCCCCAGACACAAGUAGGGGCGAUAUAGUCGUGAACAAGCGCCGCGUGUCCGCAUUUGCCGGGACGGAUUUGGAGCUUGUCUUGCGGUGUCUGGAGGUACGCGAUGAUUUGGUGGUUUGUGGGUUGAUUACUAGUGGUGCGGUGUUGUCGACGGUGCGAGCGGCGGCGGAUUUGGAUUAUCGACUUACUGUGUUGAGAGAUUUGUGUUUGGAUCGAGAUGAUGAAGUGCAUGGGGUGCUGAUGGAUAGGGUGUUUGUGAGACAGGCGCGGGUUGUAGAUUCGGAUGAGUGGUUGUUAACAAUGCAUGUUGAAUAGCCAAGUCAUGGAUAUAUAUUUGUUGUAGUUGGCGGGCUGUCCGCGCAAAGUGAUAUACUCGUCGGAGGCGCCCUGUACAUAUACUUGAAGUAGACAACUCGGAAAACCGACUUAAUUAGCACCUCUAUAAUUAUUCAGACGCG